CAAAAGUAGAGGAGAGUUCAUUCAUGAAGGAGGAGUCGCUACCCAGACUUGUUUUUAAUAGCUAGCUCAAGAAAAAGGGACAUUUUUUCCACUGAGAUUUAGAAUCAUGCUGUCCGCUCUACUUGCUGGGUUUCUGGCUGUUCUCGCCUUUCUCUACAUAAAUGCAUGGAAGAAGAGGCGCAAUCUACCCCCUGGGCCAGCUCCAUGGCCACUUAUUGGCAAUCUACAUCAGAUCAAUGCAGUGGCUCCUUACGAUACUUUAACACAGCUUGGAGAAAAGUACGGAAAUGUCUACACAAUCUACUUUGGAUGGAAACCAACAGUGGUUUUGUACAGCUAUGAUACAUUGAAGGAAGCUCUGAUUGGACAGGGAGACGAUUUCAGCGGGAGAGCAAUUCUGCCAGUUUUUGAAAGGAUUGCAAGAAGAAAAGGAAUGGUGUUCUCUAAUGGACCUCACUGGUAUCAGCAAAGAAGGUUCUCCUUGACCACAUUGCGAAAUUUUGGGAUGGGAAAAAAAAGCAUUGAAGAUAGAGUGACCGAGGAGGCAAAUUUUCUUUUGGAAAUCUUCAAGGCAAGAAAUGGAAAGCCUUUCAAUCCAGGCCCUGAGGUGACUGCUGCUGUUUCCAAUGUAAUAUGUUCCAUUGUGUUUGGAGAUAGGUUUGAUACACAAGAUAAGACUUUCCAAACCUUGCAUAGAAUGAUCAAUGAAAACCUCACCUUUCUAGGGAGACGUGGAUUUCAGAUGUACAACGCUUUCCCUGAAAUCCUGAGAUGGCUCCCGGGAGAGCAUAACAAGAUUUUCCUGAAUGGUUCCAUGUUGCAGUCAUUCCUGAGAGGUCUCAUCGAGAAUCACGUACUCUCCUGUGACUCCAAUUGUCCACGAGACUUUGUAGACUGUUUCUUAAAUAAAAUAAAUGAGGAGGCUGAUAACCCAGGUUCACAUUUUACCAUGGAGAGCCUGACAAUGACCACCUUCAAUCUGUUCAUCGCUGGCACUGGGACAACAUCCUCCACCAUUCGCUGGGCCAUUAAAUUUAUGAUGGAAUAUCCAGAAAUCCAGAAGAAAGUUCAGGCUGAGAUAGAUGAUGUUAUUGGCUCUGAGAAAUGUCCUUCCCUGGAGCACCGCGUCUCUAUGCCUUACACUGAUGCAGUGAUCCACGAGGUGCAGAGAUAUGCAAGCAUUGUCCCCAAUGGUCUACCUCAUGCCGCCUUAAAUGACAUCAAAUUUAAAGGCUACACUAUACCAAAGGACACCCAGAUCAUUACAUUUUUACAUUCUGCUCUGUAUGACAAAAAAUACUGGGAUAAACCGGAUCAAUUCAACCCCAACCAUUUCCUUGAUGAGAAUGGCAAGUUUGUAAAAAAUGAAGCUCACAUACCAUUUGGAGCAGGUAAAAGGUCGUGUAUCGGUGAGGCUCUAGCAAAGACCGAGAUCUUCAUUUUUUUUGUCAGCUUUCUACAGAAGUUCAACCUGAAGUUUCCCCCCGGUGAAAAUGGACCAAUUGGAUUGAUUGAGGGGGGCACCAGAGAUCCGAAACCAUUCAAUAUGUGUGCUGAAUGGCGCCUAUAAAAACAGUACCUUGUGACUGCUGCAGAAAAGGAAUGUCAUAUGUUUUUUUUAACCAACAGUUUAGAUUUUCAAAUUAUGUAAAAUAGUACAGGGCUCAAAAGCAAGAUUAAAUAACGAUGCCAAUUUCAGCAGUAUGAACGGGUAUGUUAGACGUAGGCUAUGGCCACACAUAGCGGACAAGCGGGUCCCGCUUGGCCGCAAGGAGACUGCAGAUGGGCACCUAUGCAUUUCAAUGAGAACACAUACAUUUCAAUGUAUGUGUUUACACAGUGUGGCUGUGCCGCACUGUGUUCCAUUGAAAUCCUGCGUGUCACUGGCCGGAUCCUGUUCUGCGGGAUACUGCAGAACAGGAUCCGUUUGCACACAAAACCCCCCCUCCCGGCCAAGCGGGUCUCAUGCAGCGGGACCUGCUUAGCCGCUAUGUGUGACCAUAGCCUUACAAAUCUGGUAACAUUGCUUGAUCAUUUUUCCAAACGUACAUUACAGAGUUCCCAAAUCUUCUUAAAUCUGUCAUGGAACCACCUAUGUAUGAAGCAAAGAGCAGGUAACCAUUACUUUGUAUUGACAACGUAUGAAAUACAUGACCAGUAUGCUUAAAAAUUCCUCUUAAUCCUUUGAUAAGAUUUGGGGCCCCUGGCUCACUUCUCAAAACACUUCCUCUCCAUAUGAGUUAGUAUGAGAUUCCUCAUCCUUUAGAUUGCUUUCCACCUAUCUGGUUCUCUUUCUUCUGUCUUCUCUGUCUGACUUUUUUUCCCUUCUCUUCUCAAGGUUCUGCCACACCGUUCCCUUUUCGAGUUACUCCUUUCCCUCAUACCCUCUCCUGACUAUAAAAUUGGGUAGUAUUACUGUAUGUGUCAUAGUAUCUAUCUAUCUAUCUAUCUAUCUAUCUAUCUAUCUAUCUAUCUAUCUAUCUAUCUAAUAGAUCACACAACUGUACAGACAAAACCGUAAUGUUUUCUACAUCUACUCUGUCAAACAAUGGUGCUGCUUGUAUAUGCAAGGUGCGGUGGGGUAAAUGGCUCAGGAGGUAUUGGCUAGUACCAGAACCAGAUUUGCAUACAAUAUAUGAGCCAAAAGGUUUAUGUGGGCAUUAUACGCAGGUGCAGCAGUAUAUAUUGCUGGAUAUUUGGUGAGGUUUGAUCAGAGAUGUGUGGAAAAGAUAGGCAGUGCUUCCCCUGCCAUAGACUUUUUACUUCAGAGUAUUGACUAUAAAAAGUAUUAGAAUAAUACAAAGAAGAUAUUUCUAAUAUAUUCUUUGCAUUUUUCACAUACUUUAUAUAAUAAAACUCUGGCUUAUAUGUUAGUAUGACAGGAGAGGCUCUGCCUCACCUCACCGCACGUCACUGGUAUAUAGUGCUAGGUAAAAACUACUUCUUAAAGACGCGUUUGUUUUUUUAAAAACUAAGAUGUUAUGAUGUUUAUUGUAUGUAUGUGACUGAACUUUUUAUAUUUGAAAAAAACUAAACAUUUUACAAUAAAACUGCUGAAUUUCCAUACACAUUAAAGGUUUUGUAUGAAGUAUAAACCGGCCACUUAGCAGACUACAUACAAUUUGAUUUGUUCAAGUGAGCCUAUGCUCAGCAUACGAUGUGUGGGAGAGGAACAGAAAAUGUGAGAUUAGGAGGAGAAUGGCAGGUAACACAAAGGGGAGGGGACUUGAGGAGAAUGGUAGCGUAGAAGAGACAGGAGCACAAGCAAAAGGGCGAGGAAGACAGGAACAUAAGAAAAGGGUAGGCAGAGACAGGAGGAGGUAAAGGGAAGACGUACAAAGAGAAAUGAGAGGAAGUGCAAGAAGGAUGAUGGAGUGUCAGGAUGUUUGUGAACCCUGACUGUCUGCAUAAAUGUAACCUCAGUCUAAGCCAGUGGUUCCUAAACUUUCUUGAAUCAAGGUGCCCUAGAGUAUCAGCAUUUUUUUCAUGGCACCCCUAGGAUAGAAGUUUGUUAUUGAUAAAUAUGGAAAAUAAAUAUUACAUUUAAGUAAUUGUGCCUACCUCUAUGUUUUGAUUGGCAGCCACUAGCACUGGUAUUGCCUAUCAUUUUGACCAUAAAUAAUUUGAUUUGGUUCUGGGCCAUCCACCUGUG